AUGGGGACGUGGUGUGGAGUGAUGGAAUGCCUGUCAAAACAAAAGGCAACUGCCAAAUUGUGUUGCCGUGAUAGCAGCAUCAACAUAAUCACUGCCUUAUUGCUGCUUAACAUGCUGCUGGCAUUGCAGACAACAAGCGUUUCUGGCUUACGUUGCUUCACUUGUACUUAUUUGGAAGCAGAUGUGGACAAUACCUGCCUCGUGGACGUAAACGCUACGCGUGUCACCAAUUGUUCGAAGAAGUAUUGCACCAUUAUGCGUCAGGAGUCCGUGAGUCCCUCCGGCAAAGUGAUUUCCUUCAUACGUGAUUGUUUGGAUAAGCCGCUGUACUUGAAUGCCAUUAAAACUGAUUCAACAUUCAAAACCUUCUAUCGUAGCUGCACCACUGAUCUGUGCAAUGAUUCAGAUGGUGUAACCUCGGCAACAAAUGUGGACCCUAAUUUCGGUGCUGCCGCGAAUACGAUCAUUAAAGGCAAACGUUAUUAG